AUGGCGGCUCCAAGGAGCAGGAGCACCAUGGAUCAACCUGGAGAUGGAGUCAAGAGGGGGAAGAAGGCAACAGUGUUCACUGUGGAGUGUGACUUCAAUGAGAUCACCCACCAAAGGGAGAAAUUUGGUGCUGCAAAUAAACCCUACAGACAAAUGGUUCAAUUCAGGAAUGCACUGUCUUUCUGCAACCUUUAUGACUUGGGUUUCACUGGAGAUAGGUUCACAUGGUCAAAUAACAGGGAGGGAAGGCAAUUUACUAAGGAAAGACUCGAUAGGGCAUGUGGUAACACCACUUGGCUUAACCUUUUUGCAAAUCAUAAGGUGUCCCAUCUAGACUGCUCUCAAUCGGAUCAUAAACCAAUAUUAGUUCAGACAACAGACACAAGCAUCAUAGGGAAGAAGAAGAGGAUUUUUAGGUCUGAGUCAGCCUGGUCUAAGGAAGAGGAUUGUGAGGACCUCAUUAGAAAUGCCUGGAUCUCCUCUAACAGAACAAGCAAACUACACAGCACCCUACAAGGGCUCAACCACUGCCAAGAGAAACUCAAGGCUUGGAGCAAGACCAAGAGAAGGGAUCAAGGGAAACUAUUAAAAGAAAAAACUGAGCUACUUAAGCAUUUACAUGAGAUAAACCAGGGAGACCUAUUUGAGAAAAUCAAGAAGGUCAAACAAGACAUCAAUUUCCUCAUGGAUGUUGAGAACCUAAAGUGGCAACAAAGAGCAAAACAAGCAUAG